UAUGCUAGUCAAGGAUUUACACCUCGCACCAGCAAACAAUUAAAGAAAUGUUGGGAUAAUAUGAAACAAAGAAAACGAAAAUUAAGCACGACGUUCCGGCAUGAACGGCUUAUGACAGGUGGAGGUCCUGCGUCAGUACAGCCGAAUGAUCCAGUGAUGGAAUUUAUGGAUGCAACCAAUCAAAACUUAGAUGUAGAAAUUGCUUGUGCAUUUGAUAGCACUGCAGUAUUUGAAAAAGAAUAUAAUGUAAAGACGGAUUGUAAGUCUACGAAAGGAACAUACAUCAUCCAAGAUGAAAGUGAGAAUGAAGAGGAAAAUGUUAUCAAUACAAUUGAUAUAUAUGAUCACAGCGUUCCAGCUAUUUCUCAUAACACACCAUUGAAAAAGAGGACAACUUGAAAUAUUAAAAACAUAAACAACAUUCGUGACGAGAAGGAAUUAAGAAUAAUAAAAAUAAGAGAAGCAAUCGAGCAGCAGAGGGAGCUUCAUGCUGCCAAAAUGAAGAUUGCUGAAAAAGAGGAGAAGAUCGUCCUGCUGAAACUUUUAAAGGAAGAAGAGACGAUCAAGCAAAUUGCAUAAUAUUAUAAGUAUUACGAGUAUUAUUAUUGUUAAUUGUAUAGUAUUAUAUUAAUAUUAUAUAAGACUGUGUUACUUUCUCUCAAACC